UCAGUCGCCGCCAUUUUGUUUUCGUGAACUGAAUUCAGCUACUUAAACAUGGGAAAAAAUGACUUUUGUUGUGCCCACGGCUGCUCAAACAAUCGUAAACGAAAUCCUAAACUGCAGUUCUACAGAAUUCCAAAAGAUCCAGCUCGUAAAAAGGUUUGGAUUAAAAGAAUUCGACGCGAAGACUGGCAACCUACAGACAACACUCGCUUGUGUUCAGCACACUUUGUUGGAGGAGUUAAAUCGGACGAUUCACAAAGCAAAUCAUUCACUCCAUCGAUUUUCAGUUACAGCCAUAAUCUUUCUACACCUAGGAGAAGUAAAAACAGUCUGAAAACUAGCGAUAACGAUGAAAACAUUCCACCACCUCAAAAGCCAAAGCGAAGGAGACUUGUUAAGGAAUCUAAGGAAGGAAAAGGAAGGCCGAAAUUAGCAGAACCGUGUAUAGACGACCAUAAUAUUUGGGGAACCUGUUUAAGCCCAAACAACAGCCUUAAAGAACAUGACUAUUGUAGGACACAAMUCGACCCUGAGUCUCUGAAAUYAGACCAGUCAGUUAUAGAAGAACUGUCUAGGUUACACCAAAGAGUCACUCGACUAGAAAAAGAAAAUGACUUGCUUAAGACACGUUGUCUUAGCCUUGAUAAUUUAAAAGAGAAUGACAAGAAGUUUMAGAGCUUUACUGGAUUCCCAAACUACAAUACCUUCAAGGCUCUUUUUGACUACCUGGAUCGUGUUGCUUUAGAUAAAAAGAAGAAUUGGAGGGGAUCCAUUAUGCAGAUUAAAGUUUCCACUGCACGACAAAGUCAAGCUAAACUGACCUUGGAAGAAGAGUUCUUUAUGGUGUUAGUCCGCCUGCGAGUAGGCUUAACAUUAACAGACUUAUCCCUUAGAUUUGGAGUAAGCGAAUCAACAGUCAGUAGAAUUUUUACAACAUGGAUAAACUUGCUAUACUUUCAUCUGAAAGAGCUGUGUCAAAUGCCAGAGUAUUGCGAAGAGCUAGGAAAGCCUGAGCAGUUUGCAGAAUUCCCAGAUUUGAAAGUCAUUGUUGACUGCACUGAAAUCUUCACACAGAAACCUUCCUCAUUGAAGGCAAACAAAGAAAUCUWCUCUAACUAUAAGAGUCAUGCAACAUUUAAGUUUUUGGUAGCUAUUAAUGCAUGUGCUGCARUUGUUUAUAUUUCUCGUGGGUGGGGAGGCAGGGUUUCAGAUAAGCAUAUAACAGCUAAUAGUGUUGAUUUUAUUGCAACUUUACAACAAGGUGAUCARGKAAUGKCUGAUAGGGGGUUUGAUAUUGGGGAUGUUUUAGGGGAGAGGGGGGUUACAGUAACUAUACCAGAUUUCAAAGGACAAGGGAGAUCACAGCUAAAGAAAACAGAAGGGAAAAGGUCAGAAAAAAAUAGCAGAGGCUAG